CUCUCGUGAAACAACUUCGUUUCAAGAAACUUCAUCAGGUUACGUCGUUACGUCCUCUCGGCUUCCUCACUGUGAGCGGCAAUGCAUGUCUGAGGCAUACUGUCCCUCCGUCCGCCAGGAACGCCGUUCCUCCUCUCCCCCGUUCCUGAGAGAACGCAGAGCUCGGCUGCUGCUGCUUCGAGCUGGUCGUCGUCGGGCCCGGUGAGCAUCAAACAGCAGCAGCGAUUGCUGUUUUCGCAGCCGCAGCGAAAUUACUACCACAACCGUCAACACGAGGAGCGAGGAGGAAGACCACGGACGCAUAUUUGUGAGAUAGUUUUUGUCGUCAGCGUUUACUUCACUCAAGUACCUGUUCGACUGAAUUAAACAACCGCUCGGAUGGCACUCCGCCGCUUGUGGAGCCUCGGAAGAGCCUCAGUGUGCCGAAAUGCCUUCCCGGCGUCGGGGAUACAUGUUGGUGCGUUGGAAAUGCAGCCGACCAAGGCUCCAUUGACCGACGAGGAAAGGAAACUUCUCGAAAAACUCGGAGAGCCCGAUGGUGAAACUCGCGGGUAUUUGAAUGAGUUGUAUGCAGAAUUCGAUGUGGUAGCUGAAAAGAAGCGCGAACAGAGACAAGAAAAGAAGAGGAUCAAAGAAGAGCAGAAAGAUGAUGAAGAGGACAAACCACAGCCGAGCUCAGCGCUGGGUGCUAACGGUAUGUUCUCGAGAGGGUUCCACACUUCUGCUGCGUGUCCGACAGACGCCGACAGUGUCAGCCCAUCGCGGAAGGGUUCGACUAGAGCUUUCGAAGACGAAUCUCGUAUCAUCUGGGACAGCCAAGAGAUGCUGGACUACUAUCCUCAGACUGAACGGCAAUCGAUAACACGAGGAAUUGAGGUUCCGCACGGCGAGAGGGGAGUUUUCGACAUCGAGGUGCUAGUUGACCUCGUGAGGAAGGAAAAGUUGCAAGACAUCGCCGUCAUCGAAGUGGCGCCUGAAAUACCUUACGCGGACUACCUGGUCAUUGGAACCACGCUAUCAACGCGUCAAGGAAAAGCGAUUUCGUCUUUCAUAAAGAAAUUGUAUAAGGAAACAAAAUAUCCAAAGGAUCCCAUGUUGAAGAUAGAGGGAGAAAACUGCAGUGAAUGGAAACUCAUAGAUUUCGGAAAUAUCGUCCUCCACCUGUUCGACGCGCCCACCCGGGAGAAGUACGAUCUUGAAAGCCUGUGGACUGUCGGCCACGAGUUCGACGAGCUCACCACAGGGCUCAAGGAAGAGAACGAGGCUCAGGAUGUUUUGGGCCAGCACAUGGCUUUCGUGAGAAGUUUGUCGAUGAAGACUGAUAGUGUUUCGUGAAUAUACUCUUGUUAUUGAUCAUAAGCUAACAUAAUAAAGAAGCCGGACUCAGCAAGAAAA